AUGACAGACCCGAGGCUCAAAAUCAGCGGGAAACGCGCGACGUUCAUCUCGCAGUACCUGGACGACGUUAGCGACGAUGUGGUGCAGACUCAGGCGGUGAAUGCUGAAAGAGAGGACGUGUACUUGACCGUCGCGCGCGGCCUCGUUCUUUGCUUUGGUCAUGAUAAUCCCCUCUCGAACGAUACGCCAAACCAGGCGUAUUGGGACCUGAAGCUGGUGGAUAUACCGGCUGCAAAUGAAAUGCCGCCGCUGCCUGAAGACGAGUCCAUCAAAAGGGACGCGGUCAUAUCGAGCAUGGUCCAGCGUGUACGCAACUACAUGAAACACUUGCGCCACAAAGCUAGGAUCAGUAACGGGCAGACCGCGGGUCUUGAUCAAAAGCGCAUUGAUCGCGUUUUGAACGCGUUCGCCCCCGCGCCCAAACCCCCUAGGCCACUCGAUGUCUACCAGAAGUUCUUCAAGGCGCGCUACAUUGACAAUUUCGACAAGAUGUGGCAGGCGAAAGUGGACGCUGCCGAGGGUAACGCUACCCUUCUCACGCGCCUAGGGGACGUACGAGGGGGGCAGGAACACGUGUUCGCGUCUCUACGCUGGUCGCGCGAGACCAGUGAGAUUGUCGAAGAAGUGGAAAAGAGGCGCUACAGUCUUCAUCGUGAAGAGUGUGAUCGGUACGCGGAGUUGUGGGGUGCUCCGCCGAACAUGGUGUCAACGUCUCGAGCGUGGGCUCUUCCAGAGGCUGGUACUUUUUUCCAAGCGAUACUCAACUGGGCGGCGGUGCGCUUUGGCGUUGCAAUGUCGAUGACCAUCGCGGGAAAGCCGAACAAAGGUGAACCGGAGGCGCGCUCUCUAUUCGCUUCUGGCGAGGUGAAGGAAGGCGCACCCGCCCUGGACGCCGUCGCCGCGCAUUCGACGGAAGCCACAAAGGUCGCAUUAUCGCAAUACGUCAGGGAUAUGUUGACCAGCAACGUUCCGAAGGACGUGACGCCGCUGGUGCCUGGCGCUGCGGUCGAUGAUCUCGAGGUCGCUCAGGAGUUUAAGGAGGAUGUCACCGGAAAACCCCGCGCGGAAGGUUCGCGACUCGAGGGUAAAGCUGGGCCGCUUGGUUCGAGUUCUUACACGCGCAACAUAGACAGCGGCAAGAAACCGGCACGGGUGCGCAAGAGCAUAGAUAUGGACGUAGACGAGCGCCUGGACCUGGACCUGGAGUUGGAUGUGCAUUACGAUGGCAACGCAGAGGCCGGUGGCAUGGACGUUGAUGACGUCGAGAGAGAACUUCUGCAGAAUGUCGGCGGGCGCUCGAAAGCGUGGAAAGGCAAAGGAAAGGAGGUGCUUCGGUUGCCGCAGAGAGGUCGGGUGGGCCGGGAGAGCGGAGCGCAAGACAACGAGGAGAUGGAAGAUUUCAGCGCGCAGGUUCUGGCGGAGGAUUACGAAGAUGAAGACAACAACGGAGAUCUCACGUUCAUGGCCGGUGGCGUAGCAAGGACACCACCUGCCAAUACGGGCUUAUCGGCCGCUUUCGCUAAUACGCUCGACGAAGACGACUUUGCUAUGGGGGGUCAGGACCAAUGGGCGCGUAACAUGACACCUGAUACGCGGGCGUCUUCGCCAGAGACCUCGACAUCGGUGUAUUCCGAGCGCCUGAAUAAUAUGGACAAGGCCGCGGACGCUGCCGCGUUGGUGAACGGCGACAAUGCUGGAGACAUGUGGCAGAUCGUGGAGGACGAGGACGUCGAGGCUGACAUCGAGGCUCUGAUGGCGGGCAUGUAUUCAGAUCGCCAGCAGAAGGCGACGAAGAAGAAGACGCCGAGGACGUAUCUAUUGGGUGGCGUCAAGCGUGCGGGCAGCGGGCAGAGUCGCAAGAAGGAUGCCGGAAAGAUCCAGGAAGGCGAUAAAGCGGAUGCGUCGGAAGGGAAAGAGAGAAGCGAGGGAGAUGGGCAAAAGACUACGAAGGGGAGCGCCAACGACAAAGGGAAGGGCUCCAGGACGCGUCAAGCUAGCCGUAGCGUUAACGCAACAAGGGCUGAUGAGGCCGCCGGAGUGGUUUCGAGGGCUAAGGCGUUGGGUGCGGCUGCCCUGCGGACUGAGAACGCGCAACCAGUAGAAGUCCCGUCGGGUGCAGAGAACGACCACUCGCGAGACUCCUUCUCGCCACCCCCCGUGAUAUCUGCGCCACGCCAGGCGCGCAGGCUGAGAAUCACUUCGCCUGAGGAGGAGGAGCCGUCCGAACCGCGCGUUGCUGGCGGCGAUGCACGUAUAAAACGCGGAGGGGAAACGGACGCUGCGCGGAUGAACGGCUGGAUUGGCGAUCAUACGCGCGAUGAGACGAAGGACGGGGUACAAAACGCCUGGAAGGUAUACGUCAGCAAGAACAUGAACGACGGCACGGCGUCCAGGCGAACUUUGUUGGCGGAGGCCAUGCGGAUUCUUCCAGUCAAUAUGCAUCUGACACAUGCGGAGUUGGUGGAUAACAUGGAGAAUCUGCUUCGCGAGGAUGAACGAUGGGAUGCGGGCCCGGGCGGCCAACUGGAUUCACAAAGUCGCCCGAAAGAAGUGGGGCACAUGACGAAGGCUCGCGGCGGUAUCAUCUCGUCGAAACUUCCCGUAGGAUGGGGCGCCAAGAUGGCGGCUUGGUGGGUCUCAUUGCAGCCCGCUGAGCGUGGGGUGGUUACGGCGGUCAAGGACCUGCGUGCGCCCACCGCGAGCAUGGAUUGGAGUGCGCUGUCAACUCCGUCGGGUUACAAAGGCGCCUUCCUCCUCGCUUGGAGCAUGAUGCACUGGGCGCAGAGUUCAAACGAUUUGGCUCUUUGGCAGACGGUCGCAGAUGACAUGGCCUCCGCGUUCAAGGCGAUGCUGAGUUGGCGUCGUGGUCGGGUGACAGGCUCGGCAGCGGCUGCUGGCCCGUCGUCGACUCAGAGAGGUCGCCCUAAGCGCGCCCCGGUGGCGAGCUCGGCCGAAGAGGAGCAGAGACACCGCAAAAAGAGCCGGCGUUGA